CGAAACAACAAAAACCCUAACACUAUAAUCUCCUCAUUGUAAACCCUAACACAAUUCUCUCUUUCCUCUCACUCUUUUUUUCGCAGCGUCACAGCUCCUUCAGAUCAGUAAAAAUGCCGUUCAAGAGGUUUGUGGAGAUCGGAAGAGUUGCACUCGUUAACUACGGGAAGGACUAUGGGAAGCUCGUUGUCAUCGUUGACGUUAUCGACCAAAACAGGGCUCUUGUUGAUGCUCCUGACAUGGUGAGGAGCCAGAUGAACUUCAAGAGGCUUUCACUCACAGAUAUCAAGAUCGACAUCAAGAGGAUUCCAAAGAAGAAGACCCUGAUUGCUGCUAUGGAGGCUGCCGAUGUGAAGACCAAGUGGGAGUCCAGUUCCUGGGGGAGGAAGUUGAUUGUGCAGAAGAGGAGGGCCUCACUCAAUGAUUUUGACAGGUUUAAGCUCAUGUUGGCAAAGAUCAAGAGGGCUGGUGUGGUAAGACAGGAGCUUGCAAAGCUUAAAAAGGAGGUUGCAGCUUAAUAACUUUCUAAGAAUUGACACAUUGAGUUGAAGCAAUCUUGGAAGUUGUAUUUUUACUCUUGGGAAUAUUUCCUUCUGACAAGAAAAUACCCAUUUUAUUUUCCAUUUUUGCUUGUUUUAGACGUGCUGGGAAAUUAUUUUUCUGAUCUAUGAUGGUGAACUGUUUGUUUCAAAGAAUGCUUCCUCAGUUAUUUCAUAUUGUCGUCAAUCGUCAUGCACACUUGCUACUA